CGUUUGUCUUUUAAGCCAGAUGUAGUUUUGGAUUCAUUCAUACACAUAAUUUUGGGUAUGGAGGUUGAGGAGGAGACCACUCUGUGGGACUUACUCCCAGAUGAUGUCAUUCUGCAUAUUUUGUCAUUUAUGACACCAUUUUCGGUGGUCAGGAUGUCAGGAACUUGCAGGAGAAUGAAUGAAAUUGCAUUUGAUGAACAGUUAUGGAAGGCACUCUUUCACCAGUAUUAUCAUAUACCAAAGGACAUUGGGAUUGCUCCUGGUAAAACUUCAUGGUUUCAAGAGUUUAAAAGACUGUACUACCAUACUCCAGAGGUCAAGGGCACAGUCAUCAAGCAGCACACUGACCAAGUCCUCCAUGUCAGCUUCUCUCACAAUGGCAAGAUGUUUGCCACUUGUUCAAAGGAUGGUUUCAUUAAGGUAUGGAAUGCAGCCUACCCUAUACAGCUCAGGGACAAGUAUGACAUGAGAACACUGACCUGGAAGUACACACAAUUCUCACAGUUCAAUAAAAAUGACACCCUCCUUCUGGUGUCAGGGGUUCACUUUGGGAGUCAAAGCACCUCCGGAGAAAUAGCUGUUUUCAAUCUAGAAGGAGAAUUUUUACUGCAGGCUAGAGUUAUAAAUAAGCCUUAUGAUGUGUUUGGGACUUGGUAUAAUUACAAUUAUUUGCUCUCUGGAAAUCUGCAUAUAACUGGGCAGCUCCAAUCAUGUUCUUCAAUUAUUCUCAAUAAGGGAUUUCAAGAUAUAGAAUCAGAGCAUGAGUCCGUGGUGAUGGGACUCUAUCGUUUUGAAAAUCAAAAUGCAAGUUCUAUUAGAACAUUGCUUGUAGCAGAGUGCUUAACAGACACAGAAGGUGAGAUAAAGUGUAACUGUGAUACCAAUAAAUACUCCACAGACUUCGACACUUCCACAGAAAAUCUGCAGAGUGCUAAGCCAUCAACUGCAAAGGAUAAACAAUCAAAAAAGGUAGUUGACAAUGUCUAUAAGAAGGUUCAGCAGGUAACAGUAUAUGAGGGUGGAGCAUUAAGAGAGAAAAUGAUUGAAGUGGACCCAGAAGACAAAAUUUCUCACGAAAUUAAUAGUACAAUAACAUACAGUCAAGCUUAUCGAGAUGCAGAAGAGGACAUUGCUUCUGCAAACAAUGACAUGGAAGCAAAUGCUGAUGUUGAAGGUUGCAGUGGUGCUACUGGGACAUCGGCAGAUCUGGAAAUGAGGUCAGUUAAUUCAGACCUAUUGGUGAAAAGUAUGGAGGGAGCCUGUUCAGUGUGUAGGCGUUAUAGCUGUGAGGAUAACUGUUAUAAAGGGAUGUACGCCGGUGGCUCUGUGUAUGGCUACCCUCUUCAAUCUAAUAUUCUGUUCAGUCAGGAUCGCUCUCAUGUGAUCGAAGGUCAGGAUCCUUUUCCUAAGGAUAAGACUGCUCGAUAUAAUGGAAAAAAGAAUAUGUCUUCCUCUAGCAAACAAUCAAGUUUAGAAAAUCCGUCUAGUCAGCAAAAGUGUCAAUUUCCUGAUAAGUAUUUAAUUUUUACUCGAGGAUCAGAGACUUUCACUCCACACCAGAUAGGAAUAAAACGAAUGAAGUCAUUGGAGAGAGUCAUAGGUGACCGAGUACAGGUGAUGCCAAACGUGGAGGAAAACCUACAUGGAAUAGACCGAGAGGGCUAUGAUGAUGUAGACCACGUCAUUGAUCUUCAUGGUCACAUCAUAGGCUUGUGUCUAUCGCCGGAUGACAGGUACCUGUAUGUGAACUGCAGACAGUGGCCAAAGAACUACACCAUAGAAAACCCUUUCUACCCUCCUCCUAUUGCUCAGGAGAUAGACAUCCAUGUCAUUGACCUGAUGAAAAUGAAGAAAGUAGGCAAAAUGUACAGAUCGCAUAAGGCUUAUACACCUAAUGAUGAGUGCUUCUUUAUUUUUCUGGAUGUUUCCAAUGAAUAUGUAGCCAGUGGAGCUGAAGAUCAGCAUGGCUACAUUUGGGAUCGUCACUACGGAAUCUGCCUACAUAAAUUCCCUCACACUGAUGUGGUCAAUAGUGUUGCAUUCAACCCUCGUGACCCAGAAAUGCUGGUGACGGCCAGUGAUGACCACUCCAUUGUUGUGUGGCAGUCAAAAAACAGGGAAAGACAAAUUAGGAGACAGGGGUUUAAAGGAAAGAAUGGCAUGUGUUCUAACAGCUGAAACUGCAAUUACAAUUGAUCAUUCUCACGGAGUAAAGGAAGGCUUUCAUUAGCAGUCAUAUUUUACAAGAUGCAAAUUAUUUUUACAAUUUCACUUGUAUUAUUAAUUUAUUAUAUCUUUUAAAACUGAUAUGGUAUGUAAAUUUGAGUAUUUUUGACAAUGUGAUUUACAAUGCAAGUUUAAAAUGUGAUUGAUGGGGUAUGUUAAAAAAUGACUUUCUAAAGUAAGUGAAACAUAGUAUAUAUAUGCUUAUGGUGAAGUCCCAGGGAUGACCAAUAGUUCAUAAUAUAUUUUAAAACUACAGGGAUUAAAGAUCAAUUUGGUAUGAGCAUGAAUUCAUUAUCAUGUAAGCAUGUUUACUGUAACCACGUUUGACUAUGUUUGAAUAACCAUGAUUUUUGUUGUGCCAAAUAUUAGAGGCUCAGUUCAUGAAUUGUCAGUCAUCUUUCUUUAAUAUCCAAUAAUAUGUACAAAUAUACUUUCAAUAUUUAUGGAUUUAUUUCUAAAUUCAUUUAACUGCUAGUUAUUGGCAAAUUUUGACUUUUUAUGCAAAAUAGAGUUAUCCUUAUAUUUAACAUAAAUCUCAAGAAUUGCAGGGCCAUGAUAAGUCAUAUUACCGGUAUUAUGUAGGUAUUCUUAGGUAGAGCAGAUUUCAGUUUCUUCAGAACAUGGCCCCCUUGGAUAGGGUAGGGCUGCAAUAGGGGAUAAUAGUUUUAAAUAUAUGCAAGGAAUGAAGGAAAAAAUCUAAAGACAACUUGGCUGUGUUAAAUAAAAUGACAUGGAAGCAUUCCCAUGCUGAGUGGAUUCAAAUUUGGUUAUCGUGUAGAGCUAGGAUGGGGCCAAUGUGGGCUCAAAAAUUUUCAUGGAAAAUAAAUUUUAAAAAAGUCAUAUAAAAAUCUGAUGAAGAGCAGCGGACCCAAGAUUACUAAGGUGAGGCUCUUUUAGGGAUUUGAUGAGAGGAGAUGACAUGGUCACUAAAAAUACAUUUAAUUGGUGAAAUUACUGGAAAUGCUACUUCUACAGUUAUUAUUUGAUUUCCCCAGAAAAAAGUACAAACACGUAUGUAUCCAAAAAAAAAAAAAGAGAAAAAAAGAAGACUAACACAAUCUGGAAAUGUUUAUUCAAGAACAACGUUUCUCUUGCACCAAAUUCAGACAAGUCUUAUCACAGAUUUAAUUCUGGUGUUUGACUUUCUGUUCAUUAUCUUAUCCAUGUGUAUCACUAGUGUAAAAACAAUGUAAAGUGAUAAUUUAUCCAGGCAAAAUACAUAUGUUUAACACAUCUAAACGGUAAAAAAUUUCUGCAAUGAAUUGUCAAUGAGGAAUUAAAAGAUCAUUUACAAGAAAAAUGAACAAGCUUGGGGUUUUUUAAGGUCUUUAACUCAUAAGCAAUAUUAACUUCUGCAUUUGUGGCUCCAAGUGUGUUUUUUUUUAACCCAUUAUUUCUUAGUUUGAUAUUUACCUCAUAAAUGAAGAUUACUCUUUGUUCUCUAUGGGAUUUUGUGAUGUAUUUGUUAAUGUAAUUUUAAAAGCAAAUCUGUGCAAUCAAUUAAUUUUAAAAGGCAUGCAUUCAGUUAUUGAUAUAUUUUAUAAAAUAAGGCUUUGGGUGUGAAUGUUUGAAUAACAAAUAUUAAAUGAAGAAUUAAAGCUUUGAACUCCUA